AUAUACGUCCGCAGCACCGAUUAUGACCGCACCAUAAUGAGUGCUCAAGCUAACCUGAUGGGGCUCUAUCCAAGCUCAGACCCUGAGAUUGCCUGGAAACCGGUUCCCAUCCACACAGUGCCUGUUAGGUAUGACAAGCUACUGAAGCCGCCAACACGGACCUGCCUACGAUACCAACAGCUGAUGGAGGAGACAGUUAACUUGCCCAGCUAUCAGGCAAAGAUGAAAGCUUGGAAGGGCUUCAUAACAGCGAUGGCCAACUAUACAGGCCUAAAACCUGAGCAUCUAACCCUGAGGGGCCUUUGGAGGGUACACGAUACCCUCUUUUGCCAGAAAACCCACAAUCUGAGCUUGCCUAGCUGGGCCACGCCGCAGGUCCUGACCACACUUCAGGAGAUGGAAGCAUUCAAUGUCGAAGCCCACGUGGGAAUGCACGGCAGCCAAGGGAAGGCCCGAUUUACUGGAGGGCUGCUCCUGGGUGCCAUUCUGAGCAACUUCUCCAAGGUUGUGUGCAGAGAUCUGCCCCUGAAGAUGGUCAUGUAUUCUGCACACGACAGCACCUUAAUUGCCCUGCAAGGGGCACUGGGCAUUUACAACGGUCACCCCCCACCAUAUGCUGCCUGCCACGGAUUCGAGUUCUACCAAGAAAGCAAUGACUCAUUCAGUGUGUCCAUGUUCUAUCGCAACGAAAGCAGCCAACAACCCCACACAUUAACCUUACCUGGCUGCCCCACACCUUGCCCCCUGCCGCUCUUCAUUCACCUUACACGUAGGGUUGUGCCUCAGGACUGGGAUGCUGAAUGUCAAAACCCCCAAGCAGGGACAGGACGCACCAUCACUGCUUUGGCUGUCCUAGUAGGUCUGCUGAGCGUGGCAUUAGUCGGCGUGUGCGUCUUGUACUGGAGGAGGUGA